CACUACGAGCCGGGUCACGCUCCUCUCGCCUGUAUCCCACGGCUGCGCACGGAUCCCCCUCUGGCUGGAGGAGGUAGUGCGGUUGCGUGUCACUGCGCCGCUUCCAUAUUAAGUAGUUCCCCGCUCUCCCCUCAGCCGGGAUCCGUGACACACGCACCGGGACCAGAGCCGACGCCAUGCCUGGGAUGAUGGAAAAGAGCAGCGAGUUCCUGGGCAAGAACCGAGCCAAGAAUCCGCCCAGCGUCUCCAAUGGCCAUUUCUCUGAGGAGAGCGGCGGCAGCGACGACGACGAGCACUGUGAUGUCGGCAUGCGGGUGGGAGCGGAUUUCCAGGCCCGGAUCCCGGAGUUCGAUCCCGGUGCAACCAAGUACACUGAUAAAGACAGUGGAGAGAUGUUGGUGUGGUCACCGCAUCAUAAUAUACCAGAUCCUAAAUUGGAUGAAUAUAUCGCUAUAGCAAAGGAGAAACAUGGCUACAACGUGGAACAGGCUUUGGGGAUGCUGUUCUGGCACAAACACAACAUCGAGAGGUCCUUGGCCGACUUACCCAACUUCACUCCGUUUCCUGAUGAAUGGACAGUUGAAGACAAAGUUCUCUUUGAACAAGCUUUUAGCUUUCAUGGCAAGAGUUUUCAUAGAAUUCAACAAAUGCUUCCAGAUAAGUCGAUUGCAAGCCUCGUGAAGUAUUACUAUUCCUGGAAGAAAACACGGUCGCGGACAAGUCUGAUGGACAGGCAAGCGCGGAAGUUAGCCAGCAAAUCCAAUCCCAGAGAAAGUGACGAGGAGCUGGAAGAGCCAAAUCCAAAGGACAGCAACGACAGUGAUUAUGACCCUAAAAAAGAAACAAAAAAGGAGCACAUGUCAGACUCUGGCCCUUUCCUUUGCAAUCCUAUGGAGAACAAUGGCCGGUGCAUUAAAGUGUCAAGCUCAGAGACCUAUAUCCAGCCUGUCAAGGUGGCUCUCGGCAGAAGAGAAUACCAGAGUUUACUGCACCGCCACCAUUCUCAACGAUCUAAGUUCCGCCCCCCGAAAGGCAUGUACAUAUCCAAGGAAGAUGUGGUAGCCGUGUCGUGUAGUCCCAACGCAGCAAAUACCGUUCUCCGACAACUGGACAUGGAGUUAAUAUCGUUAAAGCGGCAGGUUCAGAACGCUAAGCAAAUAAACAGUGCCCUUAAACAGAAGCUGGAAGGCGGAAUCGAAGAAUUCAGACCACCUGAGUCGAAUCAGAAAGUAAAUGUGCGAUGGACCACGGAAGAGCAGCUGCUUGCUGUACAAGGUGUCCGCAAAUAUGGUAAAGAGUUUGAAGCUAUUGCAGAUGUAAUUGGCAACAAGACUGUUGGUCAAGUGAAGAACUUCUUUGUAAACUACAGGCGUCGGUUUAACUUAGAGGAGGUAUUGCAGGAGUGGGAAGCAGAACAAGGAACCCAGGCCUCUAAUGGUGAUGCUUCUGCUUUAGGGGAUGACACAAAAAACACUUCUUAUGUGCCAUCAGGAAAAAGCACUGAUGAAGAAGAGGAGACGCCGGGCAACCAGACAGCACCACACACAGACCAAUCGCCUCCAGCACAAUCCUCUGUUCCAGCACAGGCAACUUCUAUAUCGACCGUAAAUCAGCCUCCACCUCUCCUUCGCCCAACAUUACCGGCUGCUCCAGCUCUCCACCGGCAACCACCACCACUUCAACAGCAGGCUCGAUUUGUUCAGCCAAGGCCCACUCUUCACCAGCUGCCUCCCCCAUUAAUCCGCCCAGUUAACUCCAUGCCUCCUCGUUUAAAUCCAAGACCUCUAGUGACCACAAGCACUAGCCAGCAGCCGCCAUCUUUAAUUGGGAUACAGACUGAACCACAACCCAUGCACUAAAUGUGAAGGGCAGAAAUUGGUUCCCUCCAUUGACAAUAAUGUAAUUCUAAAGAAGAAACAUCCCUAAUUUCAAGACAUUUACCAUAAAGCUCCUUAUGUCUAGACAGAUUUAGGCAAUUUUUUAGUACUUUUUUCUGUAUUCUACAUUUGCUAAAAAUGUAAAAUUAUAUACAGUCCACAUAUAUAACUUGUAAACCAAAGUAUUUUUGUUUAUUCUCUUACGAUAUUCAUUUUAGGGAUGCACCGAAUACACUAUUUUGGAUUCGGCUGAACCCCCGAAUCCUUUGUGAAAGAUUUGGCCGAAAACUGAUAUUAAAAUAUGAAAAUUUGGUUUGACCGGGCAGAAUCCGUAUCCUGCUGAAAAAGGCCGACCGACUCCUGGAUUCUGCGCAUCCAUAAUCCAUUUAUUGUGUUUGUUAAAGGAUUUCGUUAUAUUUGAUAGCACUUAAUACACUUACAUCAUUUAUUCUUAAUACAUCCCAGGUGAUUUCCAAAUUUAAUUUGUGGUAGAUUUUUGUAUAUUGUUUUUAUGCAUUUUUAUGAGUUAAAAGAGGAACUUUUUUUUAGCUUAACUAGUGUUAAAACUUUUUUUUUUUUUUUUUUAAACAGCCAUCAGAAAUACUUACAAAAUUGCAAAAACGUUAUUCUCUGUUUUAUUUUUGUAUGCCUGUACAAAUAUUGUAUAAUUGAAAGAUUGUAAUCUGUGUUGUGUUCAUCUUUAUGUAUGUUUAUGUACUUAUCUAUGAUCAAUGAGAGGUUUUCAAAGUAAAUAAUUUAGUAUCCUUUUCAGUUUCUGUGGAAAUAUUAUAGUUUUCUAGCACCCCCCCUUAUUUCUGUAACCAAGGACUUGUGCUCACAAACUAAAAUGGGGUGAUUAGUAGAUAUUCAGUAAGUAAAGUCUGGUAUUUAUUUAUUUUUUCAGUACUUGACUAUAUAUAAUGUUUGUAUGUUUACAACCUCAGUAUAUAUUUUAAAUGUUUACUGUGCACUUAGAGGGUAAUUUAUCAAAAAUAACUAAAAUAUUUUUCUCUUAAAAA